CCUGUCUCAGCCUGGACCGUCUGAAACAAUGAUGACCCCGUCGACGGAGGGGAAGCCCAGCAUGAUAGACCGAGCUCUGAGGAUGAGGAGGGAGGAACAGGCUCGGCAGGUGGUCCUUGCCUGGGCUGUGCUAAACGUGUCUUUGGCUGGCAUGAUUUACACUGAAAUGUCAGGAAAACUGCUGAGUCGAUACUACAACAUCACAUACUGGCCUAUCUGGUACAUUGAACUGGUGCUAGCCUCCCUCUUUAGCCUCAAUGCUCUUUUCGACUUCUGGAAAUAUUUCAAGUACACAAUGGCUCCCUCCACCAUUGCUGUAUCGCCGGAGCAGCAUCGUCUCCUAGGUCUGAGAAACUCCACAAUUCAGGCCUCUCCUCCCCAAAAGCCGGAAAAAAAGGAGACUCCGGCUCCAGCCCAGUCGUCUCCUCUUCAGGGCCAAAGUGUGCUGAGUUUCAGCCCAUCGAGACCCGCCACCACCAGCCCCAAAUUCUCCCCAAGUUGCGUUCCUGGGUACAGCCCUCCUCUCAGCAACCCAACCACACCGAGCAGUGCAGGGGGACACUUUUCUCCCUCAGUGGCCUUUGGAAAGGUGUUGAACUACAGUCCCUCCCCAGGCUCUUCUCCUUAUCCCAGUAGCAUUGGACCAGCAGAAGGCUCCAGCUUGAGGGCUCGAUAUCGGACGUCCCCCUCAGUUUUUAAUUCCCCUGGCAGCAAGGAGGACUACAUGGAGGAUCUGAAAAGCCUGGAGAGGUUUCUCCGCACAGAGGAGGAAAAGAGCCACCGCAGCCAGAUGGGGAGUCCAGAGGCUGUGUCACCAAAUCACAGUCCAACAUUUUGGAACUACAACCGCUCAGUGGGAGAUUACGCCCAGAGUCUGAGGAAGUUCUUGUACCAGCCUGCCUGUCGUUCCCAGGCGCCAUCUGCCCACAAGGAUGAGACGGACCUGGGCUCCAAACAGGCCGCAGAGGAGGUGUGGGCCAGAAUCACAACCAGCCGCCCUGUAGUGGACCGCAUUGACAGCUGGACAGCCAAGCUGAGAAAUUGGAUCAGUGACACCAUCUUGGUCUCCCUGGUUAAGGAAAUAGAUUCUGUCAACAGCCAGCUCAGGAGGAUGGGCUGCCCUGAGCUCCAGAUAGGAGAGGCCAGCAUAAGCAGCUUGAAGCAGGCAGCCAUAAUGAAAGCCUCAUCGAUCCCCACCAUGAACUCUAUUGUUCAGUAUCUGGACAUCACUCCCAACCAGGAAUAUCUAGUGGACAGAGUAAAAGAGUUGGCCCACAGCGGCUGCAUGAGCUCCUUUCGCUGGAAUGGCGGUGGUGAUGUGAAAAACAGGAAGUGGGACACAGACCUCCCCACUGACUGCGCUAUCCUCAUGCAUGUGUUAUGUACAUACCUGGACUCCAGACUGCCCCCACACCCAAAGUACCCAGAUGGAAAGACUUUCACUUCCCAGCACUUCAGCCACACACCAGACAAACCUGAUGUAACCAAGGAGAGCCUGUUCUGCAUCCACCAAAGCAGCACCACCCCCCCUCACUACCAGCUCAUCUACCAGGGACAUAUCUACAGUCUGCCCAAGGGCAGGAACAACCUGUUCCACACAGUCCUCAUGUUCCUCUAUGUUAUUAAGACUAAGGAGUCAGGGAUGCUGGGGAGAGUCAAUCUUGGCCUUUCAGGGGUGAACAUCUUGUGGAUAUUUGAGGACUGAUGCGUCAUCUUUUACAAGCAACAGAAAUCUGCAGUUGGAUUUUUUUCUCCCACAAUGCACUGGUUGAAAUAUCCUUUCAAUUUAAGGACUGCUCUAUCAGGGGCAGGUCGAAAAAGGAGCACUUCACUUUAAAAGACAAAAUGUUCAUAUUUUUCGACAUUUUUACAACUUUUGGUGUACAAAUUUACAACAUUCUGUAUUGUCAUUGACUUUUUAUCAACACUUCAUGUGCGCCAAUGUGUGUGGUCAUGAUACAAUGCAGAACUGUAUUUUUUAACAUUGUGUGGGUGGUCUGGUUUUGUAUUCUGAGAAUGUACCAGCAUGGCAGCCUUGUACAUAAAAUACCUCGGCUUGAUCUGAUAGACAGUAAAGGGCUAAGACCCAUUUAGCAUGAAUGCACAUGCAGUAUGUGUGGACUUCUGUUCUUUUAGCUUCAGUGACAUUUUUGACUGGUGUGCUUUUUUUAUUUCUGCUACAUUAGGGAUGCUCCUGACAUGCUUGAAGUUAUCUACAAAAAGUACUUAGUCUGCAGUUGCAAUGAUUUAUUUUGUGCUAGGUUACAUUGCAACCUGAAUAUAUUCAGUGUUACAAAUUUUGAUAAAUGAUGGAUAAAAAAUAAAAGCCUUAAAAUCACCAAAGUCUUGUUUUGUGAAUAGAAUUUGUUGAAGGAAGGAGUUGUGAAUGUUGUUAAUCUUGAUCUCUUGAGUCAGUCAUUUGUUACAUGUCCAACAUUGUAUUUUUAUUGUUUGUGCGUGUUUUCAAUUAUGCCAUUUACUACUUAAAUAAAACAGAAAUGUUGAUUUCACUGCA